AUGUUUCCUCGGGUCUAUGCCUUCCAACCUCUUCACUCUUUUUCCCGCCUCUCUUUAUCCUCUGCAAGCGUGGAUGUAUCGGCGGCUGCGAUUCCGCUACUCGUUGCUGCUCAAGGAACAGUCAGGUAACGCACUUCAGCUCUGUUGGCUACGGCAAAAAAUAAUAUCCAAAGAUAUUUUGGCACUGGCAGUGUGAUCUGUAGCAAGAAAGAUGAACAGUCUGUUCCAAUCCAUGAGAUUUCCAAGGAGACUUCCAAGAGUCAAGACAAUGUAAAGGAGAACACGAAAAAAGACUUGUUAAGUAUUAUUAAGGGCAUGAAAAUUGAAUUAAGCACAGUAAAUGUGCAAACAACCAAACCACCCAACAGAAAACCACUUAAAAGUUUGGAGGCUACAAUUGGCAGGCUUCAAAAUGCCACAGAGAAGAGAAAUGAGUCCUUAAGUCCUGAGUUAGUAGCAGCCGCAUCUGCUGUUGCAGAGGCUUUCCCUUUGAACAAGCAGACGACCAAGUCAGAAUUGCUCAGACAGCUCCGGCAGCAUGAGGAAAACUCAAGGGCACAGAAGGAUGGAGGAAGACAGAAAAUUAGUUUCAGCAACAUAAUAUCGGAUAUGAAAGUUGCCAAAUCUGCUACAUUUAGAGUUAGUACAAGACCAGAGCACCAGAUAGAAUUUGAUGAAGGGUCUGAUACUUACUCUGACCAUCAGAAGAACGCUCAUCUUAGAAAAAGGAAAAACCUAUUCAAGGGGAGGAGACUUAAUAUUUUUGAUACUAAAGCUACUGAAGAGGGAUCUGAAACAGAGACAUCACCUUCGAUUUGGGAUGUUGAAUUUGCUAAGCAGUUAGCCACAGUAAAUCAACAGCCCUUUCAGAAUGGUUUUGAAGAAAUGAUCCAGUGGACAAAAGAAGGAAAACUGUGGGAGUUUCCAAUUAACAAUGAAGCAGGUUUUGAUGAUGAUGGUUCAGAAUUUCAUGAACAUAUAUUUCUGGAAAAACACCUGGAGGAUUUUCCAAAACAAGGACCAAUUCGUCACUUCAUGGAGCUGGUGACCUGUGGCCUUUCCAAAAACCCAUAUUUGAGCGUUAAACAAAAAAUUGAACACAUAGAAUGGUUUAGAAAUUAUUUCAAUGAAAAAAAGGACAUUCUACAAGAAAGUAACAUACAAUUCAAUUGA